CAUCAAUAACUUUAUCCGGGGUUUUUGAGUGACGUAGAUUCACACGUGUUACUUCAGAUUCGCUCUACUUCGUCUACCCUUUGAUUAGAACUGGUGUGCUAGACGAUGGCAGACAUCAAACCUCCGAAUCCGCAAGACGACCUGGCGACUGCCAUUCUUCGCAGCAAGGACAAACCGAACCGUUUGAUAGUCGAGGAUGCGGUGAACGACGACAACUCUGUGGUCGCCCUCUCACAACAAAAGAUGGACGAGUUGCAACUGUUUCGAGGCGACACGGUUGUGUUGAAGGGAAAGAAACGGAGAGAAACGGUUUGUAUUGUUCUGUCGGAUGAUAGUGCCAGUGACAGCUACAUCAGAAUGAAUCGCGUUGUGCGUCAGAACUUGCGAGUUCGUCUGGGAGAUGUCGUCAGUAUUCGAGCGUGUCCUGACGUCAAGUAUGGCAAGAGAGUGCACGUGUUGCCCAUUGAUGACACUGUGGAGGGUUUGACUGGGAGUCUCUUUGAGGUCUAUCUGAAGCCUUACUUUCUGGAAGCUUAUAGGCCCAUCAACAAAGGUGACAUAUUUCUUUGCCGUGGUGGAAUGCGAUCUGUUGAAUUCAAAGUGAUUGAGACCGACCCUUCCCCAUUCUGUAUUGUCGCACCCGACACUGUCAUUCAUUGCGAAGGAGAGCCAGUCAAGAGAGAGGAGGAGGAAGACUCUCUCAAUGACAUUGGGUAUGACGAUGUUGGAGGAUGCAGGAAACAACUGGCACAGAUCAAGGAGAUGGUUGAGUUGCCGCUUCGUCAUCCUCAAUUAUUCAAAACAAUUGGUAUCAAGCCUCCACGUGGUAUCCUUCUGUAUGGACCUCCUGGUUGUGGAAAAACUCUCAUUGCACGUGCUGUUGCUAAUGAGACGGGAGCAUUCUUUUUCUUGAUUAACGGUCCGGAGAUUAUGAGCAAGAUGGCUGGUGAAUCCGAAAGCAAUCUGAGGAAGGCGUUUGAAGAGGCAGAGAAGAACUCGCCUUCAAUCAUAUUUAUUGAUGAGCUUGAUGCAAUUGCUCCAAAGCGAGAAAAGACUCAUGGUGAGGUUGAAAGGAGGAUUGUUUCUCAGCUUCUUACUCUAAUGGAUGGACUCAAACGACGAGCUCACGUUGUGGUUAUGGCAGCCACAAACAGACCAAACAGCAUCGAUGCUGCUCUUCGACGUUUCGGUCGAUUUGAUCGUGAGAUUGACAUUAGUAUUCCGGAUGCUACCGGCCGUUUGGAAAUCUUACGUAUUCACACAAAGAACAUGAAGCUAGCCGAAGACGUUGAUCUGGAACAGAUUGCUGCCGAGUCUCAUGGCCAUGUUGGUUCUGAUUUAGCAUCCCUUUGCUCUGAAGCUGCUUUGCAGCAGAUUCGUGAGAAGAUGGAUCUGAUUGACUUGGAAGAAGACACAAUCAGUGCAGAAGUAUUGGAUGCUUUAGCUGUUUCAAUGGAAGAUUUUAGGUUUGCUAUGGGUCAAUCCAACCCAUCUGCUCUACGUGAGACGGUGGUAGAAGUGCCAACAGUCACAUGGGACGACAUCGGUGGUCUAGACAAUGUGAAGAAAGAACUUCAAGAACUUGUGCAGUAUCCUGUAGAACAUCCAGACAAGUUCUUGAAGUUUGGCAUGACCCCUUCUCGUGGUGUUCUCUUCUAUGGCCCACCUGGAUGCGGCAAGACGUUGCUAGCUAAGGCUAUAGCAUCCGAAUGUCAAGCAAACUUUGUGUCCAUCAAGGGUCCUGAGCUGCUCACGAUGUGGUUUGGAGAGUCUGAGGCGAAUGUUAGAGACGUCUUUGACAAGGCUCGUCAAGCUGCUCCUUGUGUCUUGUUCUUUGACGAGCUUGACUCUAUUGCCAAGUCACGUGGUGGAAAUGUUGGAGAUGGAGGUGGAGCUGCAGAUCGUGUUAUCAACCAGGUGCUGACUGAAAUGGAUGGAAUGUCAUCUAAAAAGAACGUCUUCAUUAUUGGAGCAACCAAUAGGCCUGACAUUGUCGACCCAGCCAUUCUACGUCCAGGUCGUCUAGAUCAGCUUAUCUACAUUCCUCUUCCAGAUGAACCAUCACGAGUUUCCAUCUUGAGAGCAAAUCUGAGAAAGUCUCCGAUAUCAAAGGACAUUGAUCUCACUUAUAUGGCGAGAGUGACUCAUGGCUUCAGUGGUGCUGAUCUGACGGAAAUAUGUCAGAGAGCGUGCAAACUUGCUAUUCGUGAAUCGAUCGAGAAGGAGAUCAGCAGGGAACGUGAACGCAAACUGAAUCCUGAUAUCGAUAUGGAUGUGGAAGACGAAGAAGAUCCCGUUCCCGAGAUCAGACGCGAUCACUUUGAAGAUGCCAUGCGCUUCGCACGUCGCUCAGUCUCCGACAACGACAUCCGAAAGUACGAGAUGUUUGCCCAGACACUGCAGCAGAGCAGAUCAUUUGGAACGAACUUCAGGUUUCCAUCAUCUCAGGGUGGAUCAUCCGGUGGUGGUCAACCGGUCGGUGGAGGUGGUAGUGGAGGUGGAUUAUAUGAAGAAGAUCCUGAUGAUGAUCUCUAUAGCUAGAGAAUAUACAUGGUACAAUAGAUAGGUGUGCAAGUUUUGUCCGUAUUUCCAGGCAAUUGUUUGGCUUGGUCAGUGAUAAAUGAGCUUGACUGUGGUUUCAACCGUGUGGGGGGUGUACGUGGGUGUGUGUACGUGUGUGUAUGGUAUUACAGACUGUUAUGGUUAAUGGUGGCUGAACUAUGAAAUGGUUUCACUUCAACAUGUGAGGCUGUGAAACAAGAAAAAUAACCAAGAGGCUGAGGCUGAGGCCCCACCGAAAAUUUGUUGUACUGUGUAGUGUGUUGCAUUUC